UGUUCGCCCGUGCGUGGGUCGGCCUCACCUGCGGCGCCGGGGGUUUCACUUCCCGACUGGUCAGGAACGCCGCGUCUGGCGGAGGAGAUUGCAGAUGAUGAAUCACUGCCUCGCGCAGGAAAACUAGCUCCAAGGAUCCCAAACGUGAUGGCAAUCCCAAGGAGAGCAGCCCCUUCAUCAACAGCACAGACCUGGAGAAGGGCAAAGAGUACGACGGCAAGAACAUGGCCCUCUUUGAGGAGGAGAUGGACACCAGCCCGAUGGUCUCAUCCCUGCUGAGCGGACUGGCCAACUACACCAACCUGCCGCAGGGCAGCCGGGAGCACGAGGAGGCCGAGAACAAUGACGGUGGCAAGAAGAAGCCGGUGCAGGCUCCACGGAUGGGCACCUUCAUGGGCGUCUACCUGCCCUGCCUGCAGAACAUCUUCGGGGUGAUCCUGUUCCUGCGCCUCACCUGGGUUGUGGGAAUUGCCGGCAUCAUGGAGUCCUUCUGCAUGGUCUUCCUCUGCUGCUCCUGUACGAUGCUCACAGCCAUUUCCAUGAGUGCGAUUGCCACCAACGGUGUGGUGCCAGCGGGUGGCUCCUACUACAUGAUCUCGCGGUCCCUGGGGCCGGAGUUCGGCGGGGCUGUAGGGCUCUGCUUCUACCUGGGCACCACCUUUGCUGGCGCCAUGUACAUCCUGGGCACCAUCGAAAUCCUGCUGGCCUACAUCUUCCCAGCCAUGGCGAUCUUCAAGGCGGAGGAUGCCAGUGGGGAGGCAGCAGCGAUGCUCAACAACAUGCGUGUGUAUGGCACCUGCGUGCUCACCUGCAUGGCCACCGUGGUGUUUGUGGGAGUAAAGUACGUCAACAAGUUUGCCCUGGUCUUCCUGGGCUGUGUCAUCCUCUCCAUUCUGGCCAUCUACGCCGGUGUCAUUAAGUCGGCCUUCGACCCGCCAAGCUUCCCGAUCUGCCUCCUGGGCAACAGGACCCUGUCGCGCCACGGCUUCGACAUCUGCACCAAGCUGGUGGUGGAGGGCAACGAGACAGUGGGCUCCAAGCUCUGGGAGCUGUUCUGCACCUCCCGCUUCCUCAACGCCACCUGCGACGAGUACUUCAGCAUGAACAACGUGACUGAGAUCGAGGGCAUCCCUGGAGCUGCCAGCGGCCUCAUCCAAGAGAACCUCUGGAGCUCCUACCUGACCAAGGGCGUCAUCGUGGAGAAGCGGGGGCUGCCCUCCGUGAGCCCCCCCGACACCCCCGUGGACAUGGACCAGCCCUACGUCUUCAGCGACAUGACGUCCUACUUCACGCUGCUCGUCGGCAUCUACUUCCCCUCGGUCACAGGGAUCAUGGCUGGCUCCAACCGCUCGGGAGACCUGCGCGACGCACAGAAGUCCAUCCCCACGGGCACCAUCCUGGCCAUCGCCACCACCUCGGCUGUCUACAUCAGCUCCGUGGUUCUCUUCGGGGCGUGCAUCGAGGGGGUUGUCCUCCGAGACAAGUUCGGCGAGGCCGUGAACGGGAACCUGGUGGUUGGCACCCUGGCGUGGCCGUCCCCGUGGGUCAUCGUCAUCGGCUCCUUCUUCUCCACGUGCGGGGCCGGGCUGCAGAGCCUCACCGGAGCCCCCCGCCUGCUGCAAGCCAUCUCCAGGGACGGCAUCGUGCCCUUCCUCAGGGUCUUUGGCCACGGCAAAGCCAACGGGGAGCCGACGUGGGCGCUGCUGCUCACUGCCUGCAUCUGUGAGAUCGGGAUCCUGAUCGCGUCCCUGGACGAGGUGGCUCCUAUCCUGUCCAUGUUUUUCCUCAUGUGCUACAUGUUUGUCAACCUGGCGUGCGCGGUGCAGACCCUUCUCCGGACGCCCAACUGGCGGCCCCGCUUCCGCUACUACCACUGGACCCUCUCCUUCCUGGGCAUGAGCCUGUGCCUGGCACUGAUGUUCAUCUGCUCCUGGUACUACGCGCUGGUGGCCAUGCUCAUCGCCGGCCUCAUCUACAAGUACAUCGAGUAUCGCGGGGCGGAGAAGGAGUGGGGCGAUGGGAUCCGAGGGCUGUCGUUGAGCGCGGCCCGCUACGCACUGCUCCGACUGGAGGAGGGGCCCCCGCACACCAAGAACUGGAGGCCCCAGCUGCUGGUUCUGGUCCGCGCGGAUCAGGAGCAGAACGUGGUGCACCCACAGCUCCUGUCCUUCACUUCACAGCUCAAAGCCGGCAAGGGCCUCACCAUUGUGGCUUCUGUGCUGGAAGGCACCUUCCUGGACAACCACCCGCAGGCACAGCGGGCCGAGGAGUCCAUCCGCAGGCUGAUGGAAGCAGAGAAGGUGAAGGGCUUUUGCCAGGUGGUGAUCUCCUCCAACCUGCGGGACGGCAUGUCUCACCUCAUCCAGUCUAGUGGGCUGGGCGGGCUGCAGCACAACACGGUACUCGUGGGCUGGCCCCGCAGCUGGCGCCAGAAGGAGGAUCACCAGACCUGGAGGAACUUCAUCGAGCUGGUGCGGGAGACCACGGCCGGGCACCUGGCACUGCUGGUGGCCAAGAACGUCGCUAUGUUCCCAGGCAACCAGGAGCGCUUCUCCGAGGGGCACAUUGAUGUCUGGUGGAUCGUCCAUGAUGGGGGGAUGCUCAUGCUGCUGCCCUUCCUCCUGCGGCACCACAAGGUCUGGCGCAAGUGCAAGAUGCGCAUCUUCACAGUGGCGCAGAUGGACGACAACAGCAUCCAGAUGAAGAAGGACCUGACAACAUUCCUGUACCAUCUGCGCAUCACCGCAGAGGUGGAGGUGGUGGAGAUGCACGAGAGCGACAUCUCCGCCUACACCUACGAGAAGACCUUGGUGAUGGAGCAGCGCUCCCAGAUCCUCAAGCAAAUGCACCUCACCAAGAAUGAGCGGGAGCGGGAGAUCCAGAGCAUCACGGACGAAUCCCGUGGCUCCAUCCGGCGCAAGAACCCAGCCAACACACGCCUGCGCCUGAGCGUCCCUGAGGAGCAGGUUGGGGAUGGCGAGGAGAAGCCGGAGGAGGAAGUCCAGCUCAUCCACGACAAAAAUGCCACCACCUUCUCCAGCAGCCCCCAGUCCCCCGGUGAUGAGGGCGAGACGGCCCCGGAGAAGGUGCAUCUCACCUGGACCAAGGAGAAGUCAGUCGCCGAGAAGAACAAGAGCAAGAGCCCCGUCAGCCCUGAGGGCAUCAAGGACUUCUUCAACAUGAAGCCCGAGUGGGAGAACCUGAACCAGUCCAACGUGCGGAGGAUGCACACGGCCGUGAAGCUUAACGAGGUGAUCGUGAAGAAGUCCCAGGACGCCAAGCUGGUCCUGCUCAACAUGCCGGGGCCUCCCCGCAACCGCAAGGGGGAUGAGAACUACAUGGAGUUCCUGGAGGUGCUGACGGAGCACCUGGACCGCGUGCUGCUGGUGCGCGGUGGGGGCCGGGAAGUCAUCACCAUCUACUCCUGAGACACAGCGCGCCAGAGAGCACCAGAUCUUCCGGGAGCAUCCAGCACCAGAGCAGCUGUUCCUCAUUGCAACAUCACAGCACUGCUGUCCUUGUUUAUAUAUAAAUAUAUACAGUGUACCGUGGACUGGGCACCGGAGCCAGCGCUGCCACGCUGCCCGGCCGUGGCAGGGCUGCACCCGCCGGGAGCCCAGGCGCUGCCUCCCGUGCGGACGGGCACCCGGGCCGCUCCGCUCUGCUCCGCUCGACUUGGCUCAGCUCGGCUCUGCCCGCCACCUCCGCGCCUUUGCGCCCUGUGCCCUCCUCCUGCUGCGCCCUGCCUCCCGCGGAGGUGCUGGGAGAAGAGAGAGGCCACCAGCAUGCUUUCCUCGCCAGAUGCUCCUCUCCCCACCUCGGCAGCGCCCGGCCCGCGGAGGGCUCUGGGGCCGCGUCGCUCGCCAGGACUGCUGCCCGCGCGGGCCGUGCUCGCCAAGACGCCGGUUUGCAGGGGCAGAGGGGGCGGGAUGCCGGAGGGCCGCGGCAGCUCCCCGUCCCCCUCCCCGCUGACUCUGGGCUUGCUCGGCCCUGCUGCGCUCCCUGCUCGGAGCUGGGGUGUCUGGACCGGAGCAGGAUCCCCCCCCACCCCAUGACGUGCAGUGCAAGUCUGAGCCUCUUCCUGGGUGCUGGGAGCCGCACGGGUGCCGCCCUGGCACCGCGGCUUGCAAAGUCUCCCCCCCCCCCCGCCGCAAUGCAAGCCACCCGAGCAACUCCUGCCCACCUCCUGCGCCCCGCGGGCGCUGGGUCUCCCCACACCUGGCCCCAUGCGUGCAUCCGCCGCUGAGCCCCGCUGUGCUGGUCAGCCCACCACCUCGCUGCUUGCCCAGCCCAGGCGCUCACUGGCACUGCCGAGGGGCGGCUGGGACAGGCCGGCCGCGCGGGCAGUUUGGACGUACGCAAAUUCCCGCUGGCCGGUCUCACACCCCGGCCGCGACUGCUCGGGUCCGCACGGUGCCGCGCGGCAGUGUUGAGCCCCCUCCGCAGUCGGGCAGCACCAGGCUGGCCGAGGCGGCCACAGCCUGUCCUGCUCCGCGCCGUCGGCGGGUGCCACGGCGGCGCAGAGCACUCGCAUGCACGUCCCACCAUGGGCAGUGGCUGCAACCCCCCCCCCCCCCCCGGCAUCUCUCAUGUUAGAGAAACUGAGGAGCUUUUAACAAAUGUGAAGGGUUCUAGGAACCUCGCAGGAAGCGGUGCUGAGGGCAGCCAGGGCGCCCCCGGCCCCGGCCCCGGCCCCCUGUACAUAGUGUACAUAAUACAGUAUGUGUAUUUUUAAAGUGAUCAUAUUUAUGUUAAUAGAACCAGAUGAAGUCUAUAUAUAGAGAUCUAUAUCUAUACUGAGAGAUGCAGGGCUUUGCUAGCAGCCGGCGGUGGGAUGCAAGGGGAGACAGGCGGCUCCUCCGCAUGGAGGGUGCCCAUCCGUGGCCCUCCGGCGCGGAGCCGUGGCCACGGCUGCAGCCUUCCCGGCCACCAGUAGCCCUGGGGAAGGGCCAGGUUGCUGGUUCAUUCUCUUCUCAAUUUAGCUUCUUAAGAGUUUUCAGGGAAAAGAAGAUACAGACUUUCUGAACUUGUUUCACAGCAGAUUUGAGCUUCCACUCGAAGUGCAGCCUGCUAAGAGUUGCCCUCUCCUGGCAGCUCUGGCUCCUGCGCGCCACGGCAAGGCUGACCUGACAGAGCCCGGCCACACUGCCGGGGCGCUCGCUCCUCCCGCUGCCUCCCCAAACCGCCUCCCCAGGCCGCUCCUUGCUCCCGAGGGCCGGCACACAGGGUGCUGGCACUGGUGCAGCCCCAUGGGGAGCUGGCAGCAGCUGGCGCCUGUCCCUGCAGCCCUUGCUGGGCUGCUUUGCUGGGAGAGGGCUUCAGCAUCCAGCCCCUUGCUUGCCCACCCUUCUGCAAGCUAAGGCCAUCCACAGCCCUCUGCCCCUGUGCAGGACAACACUGACCCCCAUGCUCACGCCACACUCCUCCGCACCUCCAGUGCCCGCCAAAGCUGCAUGGGUAAAAGGCAGCAGGUUUGGAGGAGGAAGAUUGUUUCUUGCUUUAAGAUACUACUCGGACCCACUCCGAGACCGUACAAAGCCCCAGCUGCACAUCUGUGCCUGCUUGUACCUUUCUCCCACGUUUCCAAACGUUCCCAAAGUGCCUCCAUUCUCUCCAGCAGCAGCCCUAACCAGAGCCAGGCUUUCUGCCACGGCAGCUCAGCUAUCUCCAGGGAUGCAUCAGCCUGCACCGCAGCCUGGCGCGGGAGACGGUCCCGAGGGACUGGUCUCUUUCUGGCAGGGAGCUCAGCGUUAACCAGAGGGGAAUGUCAAGGUGAGCUGAGACAGUUUCAGCACAGGCACGCUGGGCUGAUUAAUGGAGCAGAUGGACAGAGCAGUGCUCUCCGGUCAUGCCUCAGCCACUUGGAAGCUGUUAAAAGAACAGGCAAGUCCUUUGGCUUUGGGCAAAGGUAGCCCCGCAGGAGCCAGGCUUUGCCAGUAUCCAGCUGCUCUGCCCCUUGCACCUGGUCCUCCAUCACCACCCCCCCGCCCCCCACGCUCAUACACUGUUUGCAGCCUCCCAAAGUUAUUUGUGAAGCACUGCUGAAGGAAUGGGGGAGGCAUGCACACUAAACUGCCCACUCACCUCAUGCGCUGGCAUCGUGUUUGUUUGGCCUAGGAUGCCUGCCAACCGCUCUGCCUCUUCAAAAGAUGCCAUCCACUCCCUGCAGCCACCCUUUAAUUACAACUCGGCUAUUGCCUUGCCGUUCCUCUGAUCCUGCAGCUGUGGAAGGCUGCCCUUUAGGCAGCAAGCCCGAGCCCCUUCUCCCCUGCUGCAAGGAGCAGAUCGGCACCGAGAGCCUGACUGCAGAAGCAAGUGACCCAAAGCAGCUAGUGGCCUGCCUCUGCUGAGACAGUAUCCAUCCUAGCCAGUGUCAGAGCGGGGCAAAAAGCUCUUCCUUUAACAUGUACCAGUUACCAGGGGACAAAACCAUCUACCUAGCAGUGGUGAGACACCGGUCCAGAGUCUGCUCCUCUGCUGAGAUAGGUCUGCUUCACCAAUUCCCCAGUAGCAGCAAGCCAGAUCCCAUUUCUCCUCAGCACCGUUUCAACCUUCUACGAUAAAGCACUCCCCUUCCUCAUCCUCCAGCAGGAGCAGGGGUACAGCUCUAGGCAUGGACAGGGCUGCCAGGCAAAUUUGGCUGUAGCAAGAAGGGUGCUGGUUUCCACAGCAAGUUCUCAACUGCCUUUGGUCUGGAGAGCGCCACUUUUAGCAGACAGCACUGCAUGUUUAGUUUACAAACCCAGCCCUGCCCCUGCACGUUUGGCCUCUGUUGAGUGUUUGGUUUCCCUGUGGAGCACCCUUCUGCUGUUCCACCUUGGUAAAGACAGUGUCCUCCUGUGAUAGAAAUGCAAGUUCCUUUUCAGCACAUGUGCAGACACGUUAAGGUUUUUGUUUCAGACGGGAAGGUCUUGACCUCCAAAGUUUGUUUUCCAGGCAAAGCUGCUGCCAGGAGCAGCACUGAGUAAUGUUAACCACCAGAAAGGUGGAAUAGCAGCAUGACCCUGCACCAGCCAGAAAGCACGCACAGCCACAACCACAUUUGCUGAGCAUGCUAGCACUGGGCAGGCAAUCACACACACACCAGUACCUAUCAGGCGAGAAGUUGAAAGGGGAGCUGCUCUAUUCCUCCUUUCAACUGGACAGUUACAAGCCUCCACACUGAACAACAGCCGGCUUCAUUUCCACUGCAGCCACUAUGCGGUACAGGUAACAAACCACGACAUAGCACUUGCAGGAGACACAGGCAGAGUCCAGACUGGGUCAGUGUUGUUUGGCGGCUAGAACUAGAGGAAGGACUAGAUACUGUACGAGGCUUACGAGUUGCACUAGACGAGUCAAGACCCUCCUCUGUAUAGCAGGACUAAUAAUUAGCAGAAAGACCAACAGGUCUGAGAUUUGCUGGUUACAACAACACUCUGUGUGCUACAUGUGCAAUAUAUUUGUUAUGAAUGUUAUCACAAAGUCAAUUCAUUCACUAAUCUUUCAAUCACUGUAGCUAGAUGUUCUACGUCCAUUCAAGUGACUUUUACUCGAGUGCAAUAUUUCAAUAGACAUGUAGUGACCUAGUAUGCUUUGUGUUUUAGAGAAUCUGUGUGCAGAGCAAUGCAAUUAAGUUUAAAACCUUGUAAAUAAAACAGGUUGCAAACCAAAAAAAAAAAAAAAAAAAAAAAAAAAGAGUAUUAGGCUUGCAUUUAAUUUUUGUGAGUGUUUCAGUAUUGUGCAUUAGGCCGCCUCAAUACAAACCCUGUGUUCUCUGUGCAGGUAUUAAUGGAGGAGUGGCUCCUCAGUUGUUGAAUGCUCCCUGUUAAUGCUUUAUUGCUUUAACUGUAUUAUUUUUUUUAGACUCCUGUCUGCACAAAAUGCAAUAAAUGAUUUUAUUACACCCUUUA